UUGCUUCAAUAUAUCCACGUAAUUUCCCUUCCUCAUGAUGCCAUCUAUUUUGUGAAGUGCACCAGUCCCUCCUGCAGCAAAGCACCCCCACAACAUGAUGCUGCCACCCCCGUGCUUCACGGUUGGGAUGGUGUUCUUCGGCUUGCAAGCUUCCCCCUUUUUCCUCCAAACAUAAUGAUGGUCAUUAUGGCAAAACAGUUCUAUUUUUGUUUCAUCAGACCAGAGGACAUUUCUCCAAAAAGUACCAUCUUUGUCCUCAUGUGCAAUUGCAAACCAUAGUCUGGCUUUUUUUAUGGCGGUUUUGGAGAAGUGGCUUCUUCCUUGCUGAGCGGCCUUUCAGGUUUUUUCGAUAUAGGACUCGUUUUACUGAGGAUAUAGAUACUUUGGUACCUGUUUCCUCCAGCAUCUUCACAAGGUCCUUUGCUGUUUUUCUGGGAUUGAUUUGCAAAUUUCGCACCAAAGUAAGUUCAUCUCUAGGAGACGGGUCUAGUGUCUCCUUCCUGAGCGGUAUGACGGCUGCGUGGUCCCAUGGUGUUUAUACUUGCAUAUUAUUGUUUGUACAGAUGAACGUGGUACCUUCAGGCAUUUGGAAAUUGCCCCCAAGGAUGAACCAGACUUGUCAAGGUCUACCAUUUUUUUUCUGAGGUCUUAGCUGAUUUCUUUAGAUUUUCCCAGGAUGUCAAGCAAACAGGCACUGAGUUUGAAGGUAGGCCUUGAAAUACAUCCACAGGUACACCUCCAAUUGACUCAAAUUAUUUCAAUUCGCCUGUCAGAAUCUUCUAAAGCCAUGACAUAAUUUUCUGGAAUUUUCCAAGUUGUUUAACUUAGUGUAUGUAAACUUAUGGCCCACUGGAAUUGUGAUACAGUGAAUUAUAAGUUAAAUAAUCUGUCUGUAAACAAUUGCUGGAAACAUUACUUGUGUCAUGGACACAGUAGAUGUCCUAACCGACUUGCCAAAACUAAUAUUUGUUAACAAGAAAUAUGUGGAGCGGUUGAAAAACGAGUUUUAAUGACUCCAACCUAAGUGUAUGUAAACUUCUGACUUCAACUGUAUAUAUGAGUCCAAGCCUGAAAGAAUAAAACUGAAUUAAAAUAAUGAUUGUGCCGUUUAACAAUACAUAGCCUUCCGCAUAUUACAAAAACUUUUAAAAUAUCUUUGGUACAUUAUUGGUAUUGUCUAAAUUAAACAAAUGCAGAGUUAGCCUACAAUUAUAGUGAGUUUGUAUUUGAUUUUGAAUAGCCUAGUAGUAGGGCAUAUUUGAUAUUUUGAUAAUUACCUUUAGCUACACAUAAUAUCUCACCAACCUUGGUUUCCAUCUCCUUUCUCUCCUUCAUUUGUUUCUCCAGCGUGCAGAGAGUGGGGCUGUCAACAGUUUAAUGAUUAACAUUUUGUUGUGAAAACAUGUUCCUGAACAGAUUUAACUUGCUUUCCCAUUUACGCACCGGGUAGCUGCAGGAACAGGUUUGGAGAGGCCAUGGCAUACAGAGUAGCGCGGUGAAAUAUUCAGAGUAGCCUACCUGAAGUGUGAAAGGAACCGCCGGGAACGUGACCUCCAUUCGCUGUUCCAGUGCAUAUGGAUGACACAUCACCCUUUUGUUCCUGCCCAUUUGAUAAUGGUCCAUUCUAAAUCAAAACACAUUUUACACAUUAGUAAAGACCAGAUUAAAUUGAGAAUAGUUUGAUGGGUGAAAUUGUCAUCCCUUCCUCCCCCCUCUCUCUCUCCCUCCCUCUGUCCUCCAGCCGUCUAUUAACAACAAUCCAUGGAUGCUCCUGUACUUCAUCUCCUUCCUCCUCAUCGUCAGUUUCUUCGUUCUCAACAUGUUCGUGGGCGUGGUGGUGGAGAACUUCCACAAGUGCAGACAGAACCAGGAAGUGGAGGAGGCCAAAAGGAGGGAGGAGAAACGACAGAGACGCAUGGAGAAGAAGAGGAGGAAGGCCCAGAAGCUACCCUACUAUACCAACUAUAGCGAUGGUCGUCUGAUGAUCCACACUCUGUGUACCAGCCACUACCUGGACCUCUUUCUCACCUUCAUCAUCUGUAUCAACGUCAUUACUAUGUCCCUGGAGCACUACAGCCAACCACAGUCAUUGGAGACUAGUCUGAAGUAUUGUAACUAUUUCUUCACCACUACCUUCGUGGUGGAAUCUGUCCUCAAGCUCAUCGGCUUCGGGUUCCGACGCUUCUUCAAGGACAGGUGGAACCAGCUGGACCUGUCCAUAGUGUUGUUGUCAGUGAUGGGCAUCAUUCUGGAGGAGAUUGACUACAAUGCUUCUCUACCCAUCAACCCUACCAUCAUCAGAAUCAUGAGGGUGCUGCGGAUAGCACGAGUUCUCAAGCUAUUGAAGAUGGCUACAGGAAUGAGAGCUCUUCUGGACACAGUGGUUCAGGCUCUACCUCAGGUGGGGAACCUGGGCCUGCUGUUUAUGUUGCUGUUCUUCAUCUACGCUGCUCUGGGGGUGGAACUGUUUGGAGAGCUGGUGUGUAACGCUGACUACCCGUGUGAGGGCAUGAGUCGGCACGCCACCUUCGAGAACUUCGGCAUGGCCUUUCUCACCCUCUUCCAGGUCUCCACCGGAGACAACUGGAACGGCAUCAUGAAGGACACCCUGCGUGAGUGCCCUCCAGGACCAAGUGACUACCCGUGCCACGCUGGACUCCAGUUCAUCUCUCCCAUGUACUUUGUCUCCUUCGUCCUCACCGCCCAGUUUGUCCUCAUCAACGUGGUGGUGGCCGUGCUCAUGAAGCACCUGGACGACUCAAACAAAGAGGCCCAGGAGGAUGCUGAGAUGGAUGCAGAGAUCGAGCUGGAGCUAGCCCAGGGACAACUCCAACUACCCACCUGCUGCAUGGGGGGGCUGGGCACUGGGCUGCUCGUGGCUGGGGCCUCUGGAGCCUCUGGGGCCUCUGGAGCGCCUGGAUGUAGGGGUGGAGGUGGAGGGUUGGAAGGAGGGACCAGGCCAGGUCAGGGGGUAGGGCUGAUGACAGGGGCCGUAGUGGAUCACAGUGGAGUGACCCCUCCCCAUAGAGGAGGAGAAAGACAUGAGGGACACAGACGGCAUCACAGACGGAAGCAGUACUCACCUGCAAAGCUUUGUGCACAGGAGAGUCAGUGGUUGGACAGUGUGUCUCUGCUGAUAAAGGACUCAUUUGAAGGAGAGAUGCUGAUGAUUGACAACCUCUCUGGAUCUGUCUUCCAUCACUACUCCUCUACCUCUUCUCCUGUCUGGAAGGACUACAAGGGAAAUCUGCAAGAGAUCCGAUUGGCUGAGGUGGAGCAGGCGUCUCUGAUGUCAGAGCAGCUGUCUGACAAGUCGUCAUCACUGGCCCUUCCUGAUGAUCUUAGUCUGGACGACCACAGUGACUACCAGCUACUGGUCAGGGACGGCAAGGAGGAGAGAGGGAGCAGUGACUCCCACAGUUCUGAGGAAUUGCGGGAGAUUCAGGCUGGGUGUGGAGGGCGUUGGGGGCACGGAGGUUCUCGACCCCACAGCAGAGGCCCUGAAGACGGGGUAGGAUUCCUGCUCGAGGUGGGCGUCCAGCCCCAGUUCCAGAGCCAGUCUCUCCAGUUCCUCCACCACAACAGAGAUGGUGAUGGCCAUCACAGUGACCAGCUUGGCAGUGUCGGAUGUAGAGGUUCCUCCUCUCCUCUCUUUCAUCUCCCUGUGGAGUUAUUUCACCCGGCCACAGCCACAGCGGUCCCCCCACCCAUCCACAGGACGGUGGUAGACCCAGGGGGGAGAGAGGCAUCCAGGCUGCCUUCCCCAGCCUCCUGGGCCACUCUGCGCUCCCCAGGGGCCAACAGCAGGAUCCUAGCCUCCCCAGGGGCCAACAGCAGGGUCCUAUACUCUCCAGGGGCCAACAGCAGGGUCCUAGCCUACCCAGGGGCCAACAGCAGGGUCCUAGACUCCCCAGGGGCCAACAGCAAGGUCCUAGACUCCUCAGGGGCCAACAGCAGGGUCCUAGACUCCCAGCACCCGUCCCACAGUGACUCGUCCCUGGCCACAGGCAGCUCCGAGGGCAGCCUCCAGACCACCCUGGAGGAAGGUCUCAGCUUUAGCGUCUCCCCCCCUCGAGGAGAACUGGGACUCUCCCUGGCCCUGCCUCUCCUCUGCCCUCUCCCUCUCCCUCACCUCGACGAACCCCGACAAACCCCCAGAUUGCUGGGUCACCCCUCAAUGAGAGGCCGCAGUACCGCAUUCAACCUCCAAGCCACUAGAGGGCACCAGAGGAGCCAGAGCAGCUGUGGCAGCAGCACCAGUCCCGGCUGCCCAAGGCAAGACUCUAUGGACCCUUCAGAUGACGAUUGUGGGAUAGGAAUAGGAGGCGAAGGAUCCAGUCAGGCUUUUAACAGCGAACAUUUAUCAGAGACACUUAGUAGUUUGUCUCUGACGUCACUGCUGGCACCUAGCUCCCUGGCACCCCCGCUGGUGAAAAAGUGUAAUAGCACUGGGAGUUUGGACCAGGCAAAUCUUUCUGUCAGGAAUAAAGAUGGACAACAGUACUAUGAGAUAGAUACUCAUGGGUACCUCACCAACCCUUGGACUGAGAAGAGCGGUGGACAGGAAGGGGAGACGGGGUUUGGAGUUAAAAGUACGAGUCAGAUGAUGGAUGCCGGCUCGAGGAAAAACAGAUGAAACUUUAUCUAUCGGUUGGAACAUUUUCUUCUUCUCGAGGUGUUUGAUUGAUAUCUGUUCAGUGAACUCAUCUCCUCCCUCUUUCUCUCUCUCUUUUUCCUCAGUGAGGUGUCCAUGUUCUCUUCUUUCCAUGACGAUUGGGUGGAAAUUGAGCUGAGGGAUUGGUAUACAUUUUGUGGAGGAUUACAAUGACUUCUGGGUAAUGGAGUUUAAUCAAGGCAUCUCAUAUUCUGAGACAUGGGGGAUAUUCUUUGAGAGGACUACAGCAAUGACAGGACCCUUGAAAAACAUGCUAAUGCUGGGCUUGCAUGGAGCAUAGUCACCCUCAUCCAUACACCCAAAGAAAAGCAAAAAAAAGUACCAAAAUGUGAAUUUCGUGUGAGCAUUGUGGGAAAAAAUGAUGAAACUCCAAACAUUGCUGAAACUCCAAAAGAAAAGAAAAAAGAGACUAUCAGGGCUAGCUUAGCUUAGCGGCUAAUGCUAACGCUCCUGUGACUGACAACGGGGCUAGCAUAGCCCAGUGGCUAAUUGUAGUCUAAUGCUUUUGUCCUCUUGAAAAAAGACAAUGCUUACUAUUAAGAUAAGCAGAUUGUAGAGUCCUUUCGAUGAGACUUUGUACAGAGUUGUUGUUUUUUAUUCACAUCUAUAAGGUAGCAUUGAUUACCAACUUUUUCUUUUAGCUAACUAACAUUUGAUAGUUGAAAGAAUAUCAAGGUUGCAUAUUUGAUGGGUUUUCUAAUUCUAAAACAUAUUGGAUCUGUAUGAAUGCAGAUGUGUCCCUCUGUGUGUGUUAGGGUGAGACAUAAAGGCUCAUCUAGAAAUACCAGAAAUAGCAAAAGGGCCCCUUUUGAAUGGAAAUAAAAAUCAAUAUGUGAGAGCUAUAGUGAAGAGACGUGGGGAGUGAAUGAGAACAUAUGUCGUACCAUAGAGGAAUAGGCCAUGUUCUCAUGAAUCACCCAUGAACCAAGGGCUUCAGAGAAAGCGAUGCUCCCCUGUCCCUACUGGAUAGAUGCACAAUAUUCAAUGAGAGAUCGAGAUCGGACGCCAUCUUGGUUGGUGAAACACAAAGUAAAACGAAGUCCCGGUCAGUUUCACAAAAUGGAGUUCUUGUCUCUUGUCCCCUCCUUGUUGACAUUUUUUGCAGCGUUGUGUAUCGACGUUUUGAAGGAAAAUUGUAUACCUCAGGUGGAUGACAGAAAACACUGAAGUGGAUCUAUAAAAUAUUUUUUUCAACGCUCACACUCAGAUGGUCACAUAAAUACACAAGCGCACACACACACCACAACCACAAAGAUGUCAAAGGUUUUUCUUGAAGACAGGAAGAGAUCAGAGAGGAACAAAUCUCUCACUCGAUCGCUCUUCGUCCAACUUAUCCUGCUUUCAUUCUUUCUCAUUAUCCGUUUGAAUUAAAGGGGCACUCCACUAUUUUCUAACCUCAUAUACAAUAUCGCCAUGUGGACACUGGCAUGAUGCAGGAAGGAUAUUAGGAAUAUCAGGUUAAAUAAGUAGCGAAGUGCCACUUUAAAAUACCCACGAUGGAAAAGCCAGUUUAUUCAAAAUAUUAUUCCCCCGUGUAUUAGAUAUGCAAUAUUUGAAGCAUACAGAUAUAUAUGACACAGGUUUAGGUAGAUGUUAGGCAAGAGGGUUCAAAUAUAUCGCUAUUAUGUAUUACAGUAAAAUGUCAAUAGGCUCCAAUGAGAUUCAAAGGUCAUUCAAUUAUGAUGUGUUAGAAUGUCUGUGUAUUCCAAGAUGGUAGGAUGAGAGGAUGUCUUUUGUUCUUGUCUUUUCCACCGCCCCCUAAGUUGCACGUUGUUAUUCUUUUGUGAAUUGUCAUUUUAGAGUCAUAAAAGUGGAUUCGCUUCUCAACCUCUGCGGAUUCUUGAUUCUUUAA